AGUAGUACCAUUGCCAUUUCUUACCAUCUCUUUCUCUCAUCAUCAAUCAUCAAUCAUCUAAAAGAAAGAAAAAAAGCCCUAAAUUUCAUUUUCUUGUAAGCUUUUCUUAGUUACUCUCCAUUCCCAUUUCAACAGCUUCCCCAUCUCUAUUUCUCCAUGGAUUCUGACAUAAUGAACAUGAUGCAACAAAUGGAGAAGCUUCCUGAGUUCUGUAACACAAACCCCUCUUUCAUCGACCACAACAACAACAAUAACACUUACCCUUUUCUGUUCAACUCAAACCACAACCAUCCUGACUCAAUGACCUAUGAACCCGGUUUCCGGUACGGUUCCGGAUUACUCACAAACCCUUCUUCUCUCUCUCCCAACACAGCUUACUCUUCCGUUCUGCACGACAAAAGAAACAAUAGCGCGAACAUGGCAGCUAUGCGAGAGAUGAUCUUUCGUAUCGCCGUGAUGCAACCGAUACAUAUCGAUCCCGAGGCUGUAAAGCCACCUAAGAGGAGGAACGUGAGGAUCUCUAAAGAUCCACAGAGUGUGGCUGCUCGGCACCGAAGGGAAAGGAUAAGCGAGAGGAUCCGUAUUUUGCAACGGCUUGUUCCUGGUGGAACCAAGAUGGAUACGGCUUCCAUGCUCGACGAAGCUAUUCAUUACGUGAAGUUUCUAAAGAAACAAGUGCAAUCCCUGGAGGGGCAAGCCGUGGUUAACAGCGGGGGAGGAGGUAGGGUGUUGGUCGGCGGUGGUGGAGUCACGGGGGCGGUGAGUGGUGGUGGCGGCGGAGGAGUGGUUAUGAAAGGGUGUGGAACAAUGGGGACUCAUCAGAUGGUGGGCAAUGCACAGAUUCUUAGAUGAUGAUUAUUUUUAAUUUUACUAUUAUUAUAUUGAUGUUGAAGAAAGAAGAAAAAAAAUGAUUCUAGGGACGGUACAAUUAAUUUCAAAUAUAAAAAAAUGGAACUAUUAAGAGUCUUUUGACCUUAUUCUUCCUGUUUUAGGCUAUGUAUGUGAUGGUUCUAAUGUCAGACUCUCCAUGGUUUUGGAGUGGGUUGUAAAUUAGAAACUACUAUCAAUAUAUCUUAUCUUUGUUAAUGAAAU